GAUCAGCAAAUUAGUUGCUCAUUUCAUUUCGCAAUAUGAAGCUGCUUUCGGUUGCCUUUCUUCUCGGCCUUUUGGCUCUGGCCAGCGCCACUCCUUUGAACCCCGGCAAUGUGAUCAUCAAUGGCGAUUGCAGGGUUUGCAAUGUUCGAGGCGAUUAACAAUUUUACUAAAAUAAAUGAAUGCUGAAUUGUGAAAAUUAUGAAAUAAAAUGAGUUCUUUAAAUCAUUGAA